AUGCCUUCCUCCCGCCAGAUCAUCUCGGCCUUCGCGGCCGUGGCCCUCAGCUCCGUCGCCGAGGCAGCCAUGGGCCCGGCCUUCUCGACCGGCCCCGUGGCCGACGGGUCCUGGAUCCGGGAAGCGACGUCGACGCUGGUGCUGCCCAAGGUGCCGACCAACAACCAGGGCGACGCGUCGCUGUGGGUGGGCAUGGGCACGUCCGACGGCGACCUGAUCCAGUCCAUCGCCGAGAACUGGAACUCGGACGCGUGGAGCGUCUUCGGCUACACGCUGCUCAGCACGUCGGACACGACGCAGAUGCCGGUGCAGACGGACGGCAGCGCCGCCGCCGCGGGCGACAAGAUCACCAUGCACUACAAGUACGACGACGCGUCGGGCAACUACACGCAGCUCGUCUCCGUCAACGGCCAGCAGGUCGCCGAGCUGUCGACCAGCGACGGCCACGCCCAGGGCUGGGGCUCCGCCGUCGAGUGCGCCGAGGAGGACUGCGGCACCAUGGGCGCCCACUCCUGGAUCGACACCAAGAUCAUCCUCGACUCGGCCGACCCCAACUACAUCAACACCAUGGGCAAGGGCGAGGGCGUCACCGGCGAGAUGAGCACCUCGGACGGCGGCAUCACCUGGACCGUCACCACCAUCGAGAUCCCCGAGUUCACCUUCGGCAGCUCGUAG